AUGGCGGGUUCCCGACUGCUGCCCCUGGCGCUCGGCCUGCUGCUGCUAGUGAGACCCGGCGACUCCUCUGCUGUCCUCGUAUUCUCAGGUGUUGCUUUUACAGUAUUCUGGGAGAGCACAGUAGCACAGUCUACCCCAAGUCCAGAGACAUCGCCUGCCCCCUCCACCCCAAGUCCAGAGACAUCGCCUGCCCCCUCCACCCCAAGUCCAGAGACAUCGCCUGCCCCCUCCACCCCAAGUACAAACCCAGGCUCAGUCUCCCCAGAGCCAGAAACAGCCUCUCUCCCCAGCUCUGGCUCUCCAGGUUCUGAGCUGAGCACCAUGUCCCAGUCCACGAACUCGGUUCUGCAAGGGUCACCCACUGUGUCCAGUCCUGGCCAGGAUGCAGGCAGCCUGUGGAUCUCCACAUCGCACAGGAACCCGGGCGUGGUGAUUGCCGUGUGUCUGCUUGUGUCUGUCUUGCUCAUUGGCUCUGCGUUCACUGCCGUCAGACGCUGUCAUCGAGAUGCGCCAGCUUUUCAUAAUCUGGAUACAGUGUCCAUGGGCAGUGUGAGCCAGAGGCUGCCGUUUGCAGACCGCCUACAGUCCUGACUGUCAGAGGCCUAGAGAUGAGCUGGGGGGUAGCGCCUGGGGAAACAGUCGCUGGAAAAGUCCCACAGUGCUGACCUGGGGAUAUGCCUGCGGCAGGAGGAUGGCUUGAGCCCAGGAGUUUCGGGCCAGCUUGGCCCACACAUCUAGUACUCAACUCAAAAAAUCAAGUCAAUCCAGGGGUGAUGGAGCAUGUCUGUCAUCCCAGAACCUGGGAGGUAAAGGGAGGACCGGGUGUUCAAGUCCACCCUGGGCUACAUAGGGGGUUUGAGCCAGCCUGGGCUACGUGAGACUGUCUUAAAAAAGGACAAUAAUUGAGGGGGCUGGAGAGACGGCUCAGCAGUUAACAGCGCUGGCUGCUCUUCCAGAGCAGAGCUUGGUUCUCAGCACCCACACAGCAGCUCACAGCCAUGUGGGACUCCAAUUCCCGGGGACCCGACGCCCCCUUUCGGCCUCUCCAGUCACGAGACUCGCAGGUGAUGGAUACACAGACAUACUUGCAGGCAAAACACAUAAAAAAAUGAAUGAGUGUAAACUAAAUAAAUGAAGUCCUUGGUA